AUGUUUCGAACCAAGCAACGAAGUGAUAAUGGGGAAGAAAUUGGAAAAUUAUACUGUACAACUGAGAUCCAAGCUGCAUUUAUUCUUUCCUCCUUAGUGACCUUCUUAAGUGGACUCCUCAUCCUAUUCCUUUUCCGGCUACUUUUCCGCAUAAAAAAAUGGCAAAACUUCAAGGGAACAGGAAUUCUCUUGAAACUAAUCUUGACAAGGAGCCGCAGUAAUAAACAUUUACAAAGUCUCUACCUCCAUGGAGUAUUUCGUGAUCGUAUAGAAAUGUUACUUUCGGCACAGACCGUUGUGGGGCAAGUGUUGGUGAUCCUUGUCUUUGUACUAAGCAUUGGGUCUCUUAUAAUCUAUUUCAUCAAUUCUGCUGACCCUGUUGGAAGCUGUUCUUCAUAUGAGGACAAAACCAUCCCCAUUGAUUUGACUUUCAAUGCUUUCUUUACUUUCUAUUUUGGGUUGAGAUUUUUGGCAGCUGAUGACAAGGUCAGGUUCUGGUUGGAGAUGAACUCAAUUGUAGACAUCUUUACCAUCCCACCAACAUUUAUUUCUUAUUAUUUGAAGAGUAAUUGGCUAGGUUUAAGGUUCCUAAGAGCAUUGCGGCUCCUAGAACUCCCUCAAAUCUUGCAAAUUCUGAGAGCUAUCAAGACCAGCAAUGCAUUGAAGUUUGCCAAAUUGUUAUCAAUAGUGCUCAGUACCUGGUUCACGGCUGCAGGAUUCAUUCACCUGGUGGAAAAUUCUGGUGAUCCCUGGCUCAAAGGUAGAAAUUCACAGAACUUAACGUAUUUUGAAUCUAUUUACUUGGUCAUGGCAACAACAUCAACUGUUGGCUUCGGAGAUGUGGUACCCAAGACAUCCCUAGGACGGACCUUCAUCAUGUUCUUCACACUGGGGAGUUUGAUAUUAUUUGCAAACUAUAUCCCUGAGAUUGUGGAACUCUUCAUUAGCAGGAGGACAUACACUAGUUCCUAUGAAGUGCUCAAAGGAAAGAAGUUCAUUGUGGUUUGUGGAAACAUCACUGUGGACAGUGUGACUGCUUUCCUGAGGAAUUUUCUCCGUCAUAAGUCAGGGGAGAUUCACACUGAGAUUGUUUUCCUGGGAGAGGUUCCUCCUUCUUUAGAAUUGCAAACAAUAUUUAAGUGCUACAUGGCCUAUGCAACUUUUGUUGCUGGAUCGGCGUUGAAGUGGGAGGAUCUGAGGCGAGUUGGGGUGGAAUCUGCGGAAGCAUGCCUGAUUAUAGCCAACCCUUUGUGCAGUGAUUACCAUGAUGAAGACACUUCAAACAUCAUGAGGGUACUCUCUGUCAAGAACUAUAGCCCUAAUACCAGAGUCAUUAUACAGAUACUUCAAUCCCAUAACAAGGAUUUUCUGCCAAAGAUUCCCAGCUGGAACUGGACUAUUGGAGACAACAUCAUCUGUUUUGCUGAAUUAAAACUUGGAUUUAUGGCUCAAGGCUGUUUGGUGCCAGGCUUGUGCACCUUUCUAACAUCUUUAUUUCUUGAGCAAAACAGUAAGGUUUCUCCUAAACAGCCCUGGCAAAAAAUCUUUUUAAGUAGCUUGAAGAACAAAAUCCUGACUCAACGCCUUUCUGAUGACUUUGCUGGACUCCCUUUUCCUGAAGUUUGCCUGCUCUGCUUUGUGAAGCUGCACCUCAUGCUUAUAGCCAUCCAGCACAAAUCCUCGCCUUCCGGGUACUGUGGUCUGAUACUAAAUCCACCAGCACAGGUCAAGUUGCAAAAGAACACAUUAGGGUUCUUUAUUGCUGAAUCUGCAAAGGAUGUCAGAAGAGCCGCCUUUUACUGUGCCACCUGUCACAGUGAUGUGCAUUCUCCCGAGCUAAUUGGAAAAUGUAGCUGCAAAUUCAAGAGCCGUCGAGACUUCUCAGUUUGCCAGAUGAUGGCAGCAGAGUACCAUGGGAAUGAUCACUGGUCUGGUUGGUUGGAGCAUGAAUUUGAAUCUGAAGAGAAUAUUCUCUUGGAAGAAUCUGACUAUUUUGAUAGCAGCGGCAUGUUUUACUGGUGUAAAGCAACCCAUUUGGAAAAGGUGAUUCUGAAACGAACUGACAAGUCAAAACAUGAGUUUCGGAACCACAUUGUGGCUUGUAUCUUUGGAGAUGCCCACUCAACGCUAAUGGGACUUCAAAAUUUUGUAAUGCCCUUGAGAGCUAGCAACUAUCCCCGGCAGGAGCUGAAGGACAUUGUGUUCAUUGGGUCUCUGGAAUACCUGCAGAGAGAAUGGCGAUUUCUCCGGAAUUUUCCCCAGAUAUACAUUCUGCCUGGCUCUGCACUCUAUACUGCAGACCUCCAUGCAGUCAACAUAGAAGAAUGUUCCAUGUGUGCUGUCUUGUCCUCCUCAUCCAUGUCACCUUCCCAGACUUCAGUAGACGCACAGAUCAUCAUGGCCACCCUCAACAUAGGAUCACUGCGGAUAAGCUACUCUGACCCGACACCCAUAGUAAGCAACCAAACUCCACUCAGCUCUCAGGGUCACUGCCAAAAGAGACACUGCCGAAGAAUCCCCAUCCUCACUGAAUUGAAAAAUCCUUCCAACAUCCACUUUAUUGAACAGCUUGGUGGAAUGGAAGGGCACCUCCCAGGAACAAGCCUGCAUCUCAGCACCUCCUUUUCCACUGGCUUGGUCUUUUCUGGCUCCUUCUUGGAUUCCCUCCUGGCCACAGCCUUCUACAAUUAUCAUGUCCUAGAGCUCCUUCACAUGCUGGUGACAGGAGGACUAAGCUCCCAUAUGGAACAACAUUUGAAAAGCGAAAGUUUAGGCGGGCCUUCUAACGGCUGCAAUGUAUUGUUGUCCAGAAGGAACCGCUGUAAGCUGGGACUCCUGUCCUUACACCGAUCCAUUUUGUUGGAUAUUCAACCAAAAAAGACAUUUGGGCAAGUUUUCUGUGGCUUGUUGAAUAAUUGUGGAAUCCUGUGCCUUGGCCUAUACCGCCUGAUAGAUGAUAACGAGGAGCGCAAUCCGGAUCACAAAAGGGGAGUAUACUACUUUGGAAAGUUUGUGAUUAUCCGGCCAGCCAAUGAGUUUAAGCUGCUGCCCUCAGACCUUGUGUUUUGUGCCAUCCCUUUCAACAUUCCUUGUCGUGAAAACGAUUUUUCUUGGGAAACUAUAAAUACAAUACCACAGGCCUCAAAGGCACCUUCAGGCAUAAAUAACCCUCCCACAGCCAGUCCUGUUGGCCAGACCACAACACAGCUAUUGAGCGCACUAGUCCCUUUAUGGGAGCAAAAGACUACCUCUGUUAGUAAUUCUAAGCAAUCCAUUUUGACUCAGAGUGGUGAACUAUCACCCCAGACACAUACGGGAAAGGAAAAUAUGAAGGAGCCCCCUGCGGGGCCUGUGCCUAUUCAAACUUGA